UGGGAGAGAUGGAGUCUGUGUUGGAGCUGCUGCUGGAGACGCUGUCCGCUCUGAGCGACGACAGUUUAAGUCAAUUCUGGAAGUGGUACCUGGACCGAGAACAUCACUUUAGUCGUGCUGAUAUCACAGAUGUGAAAGGAGAAUCUUUGCCACUGUCUGCUGUGAAGACUGAGCUGGAGAUCUUAGCAGUCUCAUUGUUGCAGCGUGAGGGAAAACUGGCUGUGGACGUUACUGAAAGGAUUUUAACAGACAUUAACGAAACACAUCUGGUCCAAAGGCUUUGGGAUCACAGGUCAAGAAACAAAAAAAACCCUGAUGAUCAUCUGCCAGCGCUGCUCCACAAAGCAGCAACGAUGGCAGCUGUGAAGGAGCUGCUUUUGGAAACACUGACUAAUUUGAAUCCUGUAGUCCUUGAAAAGUUCAAGAUCUUCUUAAAGUUCACAUCCUUCCAGAAGAAAUUACCAGAGAUCCCAUGGAGUGAUCUGCAAGAGGCCGACUGUAGAUCAACAAUGAAUCUGAUGUUGGCCACAUACGGUCAGCGGUGUUUGGAGGUGACCAGUCAGGUUCUAACAGACAUGAAUCAGACCGAUCUGUUGCAGUAUCUGCCAGAGAAGAGCGAUGGAGCUGAAGAAAAACUUUCUGAGGAAGAACUUUGGCCUGGACUGAUCGACAAAGUAGAAGCCAUGGAGUCUGUUUUAGAGCUGCUGUUGGAAACCCUCGGUGCUCUAAAUGAAGGAGAGCAGCGUUCAUUCAUCGAUUGGGUUUUUAAGAAAACUUUGUCCUUUGAGGAUUGUUUUCAGUAUCAACUUCCUAUUAAAAGAAGAUUGUCAGACCUGCAGGUUGUUGUGUUUGAAAUGGUGCAGCAGACCGACCUGGAACCUGUGGAGACAACCAAGAAAUUUUUAAUGGAGAUAAAAAGGUCAGAUCUGCUUCAGAGGAUUGAAACGUGCAGCAAAAGGCAGGAAAAGAAACUCUCAGUGGACGAGCGACGCUCUGCUGUCGUGCACAAAGUGGCUCUGAUGGCAGCUUUCAAACAGCUCCUCACAGACGUCCUGAGUGAUUUGAAACAACGGGAGUUUGAGGACUUCAAGAAGUUUCUGAACUCAAUCCUAUCGCCCUCUGACUAUGACCCGUACCGUUCUCCUUUGAGUUUGAAACCUGUCCCAGCUACAGUCAAUAGGAUGGUGGAGACGUUUGGUCUGCGGUCUCUGGAUGUUUCCAUGGAGAUUUUAAGGGACAUUAACAGGAGCGAUCUGGUACAGAGGCUCCUGGAGAACAGCUCAGGACUCAAAGGAAAAGCGUCCGUUGAUGAAUAUCUGAGAGCAGAUGUGUUAAACAGAGUGCCAGCAAAGGUGGCUCUAAAAGAUACUCUUCUGAAGAUGAUGAAUGACCUGGACCCCUGGGAUGUCAAGAAAUUUAAAUGGUUGCUGCAGUUCACAUGUUUCCAGAAAGGCCUCCCUGACAUCCCAGAUAUCACAGAAAUCCUUGACAUUAGGCUGGGGUCCAGCUCCUGGUUCAGCAGAAGUUUGGUGGAUCCACCAGACUUGGUGGAUCAGAUGGUACAGAGACUUGGCCAAGAGUCUGUGGACGUAGCCAGGGAGGUUCUGACGGACAUGAAGAGGACGGAUGUGGUACAGAAGCUGACAGGAAGCAGCUUAGGAUCAAAAGAGGAGCUACAGUCUCUGUUGCUCCAGAAAGAAGCAAGUCUUACAGCGGUUAUGGAGAAACUUCUGGAAACAUUUGAAGAUUUAGAUGAAGCUGAGUUUGAGCGUUUUUGGGAAACCCUACGGAAGACAGCCAUGAAGCACAGGAGAAGAACCCCGACCUACUUUAAUGAAACGAAAUGGAAAGUGGCCGAGCUGAUGCUGGAGCAGUUUGAUGAACAAAGUUUAGACGUGGCGAUGCAGAUUUUAAAGCAGAUAAAUCGGUCUGAUUUGGUGCAGAAGAUUCCAGUGAAAAUCUCGACAAAAGAACUUUCACCAAGUUUGGAUCCGAUGGAUUGUAAAAGUGCCGAGCAGGACUCCUGCAGCUGGACCAAAGUUGACCCUGAGGAGGACUGGACAUCUCCAGACGAAGCGCCAACCUACCGCCUCCGGUCUGAAGCGGGCCACUUUGAGUGUCGGGUCUCUGGUCUGCGUUGGGUCUGUGAGGAAAAGGUCAGCUUUCGGUACCGGUUCUGCUCCUGGAACGGACACAUGCUGAGGAUGGAAGGCAGAGGAUACCGGCCUGCAGGUCCGUUAAUGGACAUCACCGUCUUCAGUGGGAAGAUGAUGGAGGUGCAGCUGCCCCACUGGGUCUGCAUCGAUGGUGUUCCUCAGUUACUGGAGAACUUUGCAGUCCUACAUGUGAAUGACUGCGGAGAUGUUUUGGAAAAAGUGACCGGGGUCACAGCGACGCAUGUCAGAAUAAGAGAUCCUGUUUUCUCUUUGUUAGCAGCUCUGAUAAAUUAUUUUCUCUUUCCAAAAAUCACCUGCAACACAUUGAUUUACUAUCAGCCCAAGACGCCGUUCCUCAAACUGCACAUCUACCUGAUCCCACUAGACCCUGCACUGAAACUGUUGUCUUCAGUUGAUAAAAUCCAGGAGAAACAUCUCGACUGUUUGCUGUCCUCACAGUCAAUCCACAGAGAAGAAACCUCCCUUGGGUAUGAAGUCAUCAAGAAGCCGCGGCCAGACACGCCUCUGAAGAGGGGCCAUGUCUUCGCUCUCAAAGCUACCGUAGAGACCGCCAAAAUUCAGCCGCCGAAAAUGACUCUGAGGCACGACAGCCAGGACCCAAACUUCUACGAGGUUUUCAUUCAGAAUCCAGACAGAAACUUCAACCUUGAGCUGCUGCAGACUUGUUCAGAAAAGGUUUGGCACUGCGAGAUCCGGAAAGAUGAUCAUCCCAAGUCUGGUUCCUAUGAAGGAGGCGCUCCAACAGAAGGGGAGCACUUUGUGGACAGACACAGAGAAGAGUUGAUCCAAAGAGUCACCAACAUUGCACCCAUCUUAGACGGACUUUUACAGAGGAACGUUAUCCUGCAGGAAACUUAUAACCAAAUAUUGCGUCUGCAGACCACUCAGUCUCAGAUGAGGGAGAUCUUCAUCUGCCUGAGAGCUGGUGAUGCCUGCAAAGACAUUUUCUUCUCCAUCCUUCAGGAGAAAGAGCGAUUCGUCAUCAAUAACCUCACCUGACUGAAGGAACCGAUGAGGGGGAACCAUGGACGGUUCUAAGGGUGGGUCAGAGGGGUCCUGGUUCCUGCUGACGUGACGUUCCUUAUUUACAGAUCAGUAAAAACCAAAACAUUCAACCUUUUACCUUUGAUCAUCACAUGCACAUGCAGUGAUCUGUUUUCAGACUUUGUUUAAACUCAAUGAAACAUUUUGAUUAAGCAAGAAUUUCCCUUUGCAGAGUUUCUGCCUCUCAAUCCACGAGGACUUGAACUUGGCCUUAGCCAAUCCUGUUUCACUGUGAUGUAAUGUUUAUUUUUUUGUCAGGAUUAAAGUCCUUCUUAAAGAUGGUUUUGUAAUAUUUGAUAAAUGUACGU